UUGUAUUCACCGCGCGCGCGCAAACACCACAAUUCAGAAAACCUCUCUUCACAAAAUUUCAAACAAUUCGCAAUGUCUGCUAUCAAAUCCGGAUCCAAGAAGCGAGAAUCUGAACUGGAACGCACAAAAUCCAACAAGAAGAAACAGAAUUUUGAUCUCGAUUUGGAUUUCGAUCUCUCCGAUGAUCUCAAAGGAAUCGUUUCGGCGCUGCAUCUGAUAAGAGAUAAAGCACAGAAGGACGGUCAGAAGAAGAACGAAGAAACUAUUUCCAGUGUUGCAUCUGAGAUCAAGUCUACGAUUGAGGGAUUGAGGACAAAAUUUGAGAAGGAAAGACAAACUUUUGCUAAGGCGCUUUCAAAGAGUUCCAAAGAGUUUGAAAGUUCUUUGAAGAAUGAAACUACCAAGUUUCAAGCACUUCAUGAGAAUUUUUACAAAGAGAAAGCUACUUCUCUUCAGGCUUUGCAAGAUAUUAUAUCCAAGUAUGAAGAGGAAAAGGAAAAGCUAUUCAUGAAAUAUGAGCAACUGAGGAAGAAGGAAAAAUCGAUGAUGUCUGAACAAGAGAAGGCCUGCAAUGAUAAAAUUACCCAACUUGAAGGGUCAUUGAAAAAGAAGAAGAAGGAUGAUAAAACUUUCAGCAUUCUGAGGAAAACUCUUGGUUCAUUCUUGGAGGGUGCCUCAGAUGAGGAGUUCCCACCUGAUGAUUGAAGAUGCAAUAUACAGAGAUCUUUUGACUCGGUUACAAUUACUGGUUCUAAUCAUUUUACUGAAACUGUUAUCAAUUUAUCAUUGAUAAAUUUGAGAUCAAUGACUCUCUCUGCAUAGUUCCACUUAUAUUUUAAUCAUUUAUUAUAAUCAGCUUUGAGACUAUACAAUACAAAUUGGUUGCCAUAUGUGGUUAUAUUAGGAAAUACAUUUCU